AUGGGUUCCAUUUCAGACAGUCCCAACCAGCAAUGGCUUUCUCGCGGUCGAGAGUACGAAGCGAAAGACAUGGAGUGGGAACAGUUCUAUGAGGUGAACAAAGCGAGCGUGCCUUCCCUACUUGGGGAGGUUCAAAAUCUUCGACAAUCCAUGUUGAAUGCGAAAAUGAGAGGGCAAAGCAAAGUAGCCCCGAUUACCGAGGGCCUUGUUGUAGAAGACCAUGUCAUCAAGUCUGUUGAAGAUGGCAAUCUUGCUCUACGAAUUUAUAUUCCCAAUGGGCCUGACAGACCUGACUCAUCUUAUCCCACCAUGAUAUAUUUCCACGGUGGAGGCUUUGCGUUGGGCGACCUGGAUGGAGAAGAUAAAACAUGCCGGUUCCUUUGCACCAAAGCUGCUAUGGUGAUAGUGAGUGUGGAUUACAGCCUUGCACCUGAACACCCCUACCCAGCAGCCUUGAAUGAUGCGUGGGAUGCAUUGAAAUGGGUAUGGUGUGAUUCCGCUUCGGAUAUGUCACUCGAACACCAUCUAAGAAAUACGCGACUACCGAAUAUUAAAAAUGCAACAAAAAUCCAUGUUGACCGGGACCAAGUCUUCACGGGAGGCACCAGUGCUGGCGCUAAUCUGGCUGCGGUUCUAGCGCAAGGAGCCAAGCAAAAAGGCAUUGCAAUUCGGGGCCAGCUUCUGCGAAUCCCUGUCCUUUGCCAGAGUGAUUCGCAUUAUACGAAAUUAGGGUUGAAAAGCAUGAGAGAGGUACAGGACACUGCUAUUCUCACACCAUCUGCGAUGCAACAGUUCAUGCAAUGGUACAAGCCAAAUGACGCAGCUCAUGUGACGGUCUCACCAUUGCUGGCUUCCAGAUUUGAUGAUCACCCUCCAGCGUACAUUCAAAUCUGUGGCCGUGAUCCUCUUAGAGAUGAGGGCUUGGCCUACGCAGAUGCACUUCAACAAGCAAGCGUCCCUGUACGAGUCAAUAUUUACCCAGGGCUUCCGCACGCUUUCUGGCUUUUCCCGGAGAUAUCCACUACAGAGAUUGCUGCUCGGGAUUUGGUCGAAGGAAUGAAAUGGCUAUUAGGAACGCGAAAUGAGUAG